AUGCCUAGUCCUCUGAGCCCCGUCACUGCUUGCGCUCUCAAAGAGCUUGAAAUCAUUGGCGGGCACUCGUCCAGGGUCUACAAUUCGACCCAGCUGGCCAACGCAUUAACACUAACCCUUGAGGGCCAACAUACUUCUCCCAGGGAAAAGCCAGUUCUUUGUCUACUGGUUAAUUCUGGUUCGCGAUGCAUACUAUCUAUUCGUCUCAGUGAUUUACUGCCUACCAAGCCUCCAUUCUCGCAGGCUAUAAGCACCAAGGUAGAUACUCAACAGCUUCGUGUAGACGUCCAAGAACAAGAACAUGCCGUUGUCACUACAUUUGAGCACAGACGCGAGUUCAAUCUUGCGGUUUAUAUGCUUCAGGAAUACGGCUUCUCUAUCAAAGAGGCUGCUCUGGAAACAACGGAGGUUGGCGACGAUUGUUCUCAAACCUCCACCCUUGCCUUCGAGAGUCCAGCUGAUUUCGGACCUCGACUCUCCUCUUUCACAACAUUCCCAGGGAUGAUGAGCGGCGCAAGUCUGGCCGCUCAACCAGAGUUGCCUUGGGAAACCCAUGUGGGAUCUAUGAUCCCUGAUACCCAUCCGGAGGUUCUUUCAAAUGGCCAUUUAUCAAUUCCGAAUCAACUACUUCAGACUCGGCAAAACUCAUGUCCAUCCAGCUUUUCCAACACACCUCACUUGCACCAGACUUCAUACAUGAGUCAACUUAACCCUUACAAUGUCUUCCUAGGCAAGCAGGCAUUCAGCGACUACAGGCCCAAAGUCAGCUCCCCACUUCGCAAGACCUUGUCUCAUAAUGAACCACUACAAGUUAUUCCACCGCGUUCGUCUCAAAAUCCCGUUAACCUGCCUCCAAGUCCCACUCCUAUAGCCCCUUUUGAAGUUGGAGAUCUUUCACCACAACCUGAUUUAUGCUCUAAUGACAGGCUUGCCAUCUCAUCUCAGUCUCCAGUCCUACCCCGCAGGUUCCCGUCAUCUCCCAUCUCUGUCUACAGGCAGAUGUCUGAUAGUAGCACGGAGCUUUCGUCGCCCAACCUGCACCAUUUUCGAGAACUCAUGCCGCCAACUCGAAGCCUUCCAUUUGACCAUUCGCAAAAGGAUGGACCAAGAAGAUUUACAGAUGACCAAGAUCCGGUUACCAGAGAACAGCCAUCAAAUUCCAACUCUCCCAAGGUGCAGGGUAAACGUAAGCGCAAACCCAAAGCUGCUGAGCCGAUGAAGCACACAUCCUCGGGGUCGCCAAAGAAACCAGCAAAGGGGAGGAACCUUCCGAGAAUUACCGCGACGGGUUCUUCUCAAGAUCAUACCACUAUCAAGGCCAGUCCCGCGGCGAUAGCAUCUAUAUCAAGUCACCAAGGCCAUUCCUCAAAGGCAAAGAUGCAAAAAGCUCACCCUCUAUCACCAAGCGCUAAGAUCAACAACAAGAUCUCCGCAGAGUCCAAAAAGGAUGCUACCCACAUAAACUCUACUAGCAAAUCUAAACGGAAACCAGAAAAUAAGGCAAAACCACGUAGCAGAGCGAGCAUCAAGGGUCAACUACCCAACACUCCCGGUGACAGCUUACCGAGCGAGGUGACAAGCCCAACGGAUGCAAACCCCGAAUUUCCUUCAAAUACACAAGCAACUAGUCUGAAGGAGAAAGGCGACGACAAUGCACCAUUAAAAGCGCGUUCCCUCUCUUCCAGUAGUGAUAGACCAGAUAUUGUAGACUCACAGCCACAGCGAAAGUCAUCAAGGUUGGCCAAGAAGGCCCGCUCUCUGAAAAACAGUUCCGCAAAGGACUCUCCACCAGAAUGUACGGCCUCGGAGGCUGAACAAGAAGUCCGCCCUGAACUUCCUGUUCCAGAGACGCAUCUGUCCUCUGAAACUGUGCUACAAGAGCAAGAACCGGCACCACCCGAAUUGCAGCCUACAGCCCAAUCCAAUUGUUCGGUUGCAAAUAAUGAACUUACUAUUCUAGUAACAGACGAAAUGCUUCGGCAAGUUAACGAGAUGACAUCCGAACUGUUUGAUCAGUUUGAAGCAGACCUCAAAGGAGGAAAGAAUGACGCCGCCCUCGCAGAGUAUUACCUAGGUCAGAUAGUGGAAAUCCGCAAAGGCUUUUGGCACUCUGAAAUCGCCAAACUAUCACACGGCGAAUUCCAGGCUUGCUGA